CGCUAGUUCAUCUUAAGUGACAAACAAUCAAGAAUCAGUUGAAGUAUAGCUGAUUUAAUCAGUAUCAUCUAGAAUGGCAGACACUUGGACGAAAGCUGCUGAGAAUCAGGAGCAACAAGAAAUUCAAAAAUUGAACGAGAAUAUUAAUAAUGUGACGAUUAGUAACGAUGUUAAACCACCUGUAGCUGCAGUAGUAGAGGAAUUAGAAGAAGUCAACCCCGCCGAUGCUUCAUUGUUAAUGAAAAUAAUCCGAAAAGGAUUAAUCGAGACUAAAACUGACUUAGAUAUUCAACGUAAAGAUCCAAAUUCACCUCUUUAUUCCGUCAAGACCUUCGAAGCUCUACAUCUAAAACCAGAAUUACUUCGCGGUGUCUAUGCUAUGGGCUAUAAUAAUCCCUCAAAGAUUCAAGAAACGGCAUUGCCAACACUUAUUGCUGAUCCACCUCAAAACAUGAUUGCACAAUCGCAGUCAGGAACUGGAAAAACUGCAGCUUUUACAUUAGCAAUGCUUACAAGAGUCGAUACAGCUAAAGAUUUCCCUCAAGUUUUGUGCCUAAGUCCAACUUAUGAGCUCGCAAUUCAAACAGGAGAAGUAGCAGCUAGAAUGGCAAAGUUCUGUCCAGAAAUUCGUAUCCGUUAUGCUGUUCGUGGAGAAGAUAUCGCUAGAGGAACCAAAUUGACUGAUCAUGUAAUUAUUGGAACUCCAGGAAAAGUCCUUGAUUGGUCACUAAAGUUCCAUGCAUUUGAUCUAUCUAAAAUUACUGUUUUCGUCUUGGACGAAGCUGAUGUUAUGAUCGCACAACAAGGACAUCAGGAUCAAUGCAUUCGUUUGCAUAAGCAUCUCUCUAAAAAGUGUCAAAUGAUGUUGUUUAGUGCAACUUAUGAGAAGAAAGUUAUGGAAUUUGCUGAAUAUAUUGUUCCGUCCCCAAUUACGAUUCGCUUAAAGAAAGAGGAAGAAGUAUUGGACAAUAUUAAGCAGUAUUACGUGCGUUGUAUAAAUCAAGACGUCAAAUAUCAAGCUAUUGCUAACAUUUAUGGUGUCAUAACAAUUGGACAAGCAAUUAUUUUCUGUCAUACACGUAAAACUGCUGGUUGGCUUGCUAGCAAAAUGGCACAAGAAGGACACUCGGUUGGUGUUUUAUCAGGGGAACUGACUGUUGAACAACGAUUGGCUGUUUUGGAUCGCUUCCGUGAAGGACAUGAAAAGGUCCUGAUCACAACGAAUGUUUUGAGCCGUGGCAUAGACAUUGAACAAGUUAAUAUUGUUGUAAACUUCGAUUUGCCUGUGGACCAAACAGGUCGCUCUGAUUGUGAGACAUAUCUUCAUCGUAUUGGACGUACAGGACGUUUUGGCAAGCAUGGAAUUGCAAUCAACUUGGUUGAUUCAGAGCAGUCAAUGAAAGUUUGUCGUGAUAUUGAAAGGCAUUUCGGAAAGAAGAUUCAGUUGCUUGAUGCUGAAAACUCUGAUGAAAUCGAAAAGAUUGGAUCAUAAAUCAUCGUUACCUCAUCCUUAUUUUUAUUCACACUUAUUUCCUUAUUAAGUUACUUAUAAUUUUUUUUUCAAAGAUAUAUUUUUUUGCUGGUCUGAAAACAGACAGAUUCGGAAGUGACAGAUACUUAUGUCCUUUGUAAAUGAAAACUGAAC